CUGUCAACAAAACCACAACAUGACGACCAACGAGACGUGGAAAUCCUUCGAGCCAGAUAGCUAUUAUAGGAGCUUUCUGGAUAAAAAAAAGCGACCAGAUGGCCGAGGUCUGACAGAUUCUCGCAAUAUCAUGAUCCGAGUAGGAACAGUCACAACUGCUGAGGGCUCCUCCACAGUCCGCAUGGGUCAUACUACUGUCAUGUGCGGCAUCAAGGCAGAAAUAGCAACGCCAGCUCUUCGACAGCCAGAUCAAGGAUUAAUUGUUCCCAAUGUCGAAUUAUAUGCUUGUUGCUCACCAAUGUUUAAGGCUGGUCCACCCGGAGAAAAAGCCAUCAGUACAAGUCAGUUCCUAAAGAACGUGAUUAUUAGCUCCGGGAUGUUGGACCUAACAGAAUUGUGCAUUGUGAAUAAUAAGUAUGUGUGGUGCCUGUACUGUGACAUAGUAUGCCUCAACUAUGAUGGGAAUCUGACUGAUGCUGCUUUGGUGGCCCUGGUUGCAGCCUUGCAGAAUGUCCGCCUGCCAGCCACCAGUUUUGACCCAGAUGACCAGAGACUGCAAGUGCAGUCACCUAGGACUGUCAAAGUCAAUGUCAAGGCUUUUCCUGUUGCUUCAACCUUCACAAUAUACAGUGAGGAUAUUCAGUUGAUGGACCCAACUGCCGAAGAUGAGAGACAGGGCAGUGGAGAGGUGACACUCGUUCUGCUGGAAAAUGACUCCGUCUGCACGACACACAAGCCAGGUGGUCACAUGAUAUCCGAAGCCACUCUUAGCACCUUUGUAGCUUUGGCCAAGAAAAGAGUCCACGCCAUUAAUAGAAGUAUCAGAAAAGCCCUUUCAGAGACUUAGAAAAUAUGGACAAAUAUCAAUGGGGGAAAGAACACAGUUGUGAUUCUUUUCAGUGGGGAUUAGUGCAUAGUGAUAUCAAUUAAAGACUUUGGAUUAA